AUGCAGAACCCCACAAAGGUCCAGAUUUUUGGCAAAGACACCAUAAUAGUCGACUAUGGCCUGUGGCAGAGCUACGUCGCGCGAGACCUGCUCUCCAGCAUCCCAUCCUCCACCUAUGUCUUGAUCACCGACACCAACAUCGGCUCGCUUUACACGCCUACCUUCCAGAAAAGCUUCCAAGACGAAGCAUCGAAGCUCUCCUCGAGCUCCAGGCUGCUCACCUACGAAGUCGCACCCGGCGAGUACUCGAAAUCCCGGUCUACGAAGGCUGCGGUGGAGGACUGGCUACUGCGGCAAGGAUGCACAAGAGACACGGUGAUCAUUGCGUUGGGCGGCGGCGUGAUAGGGGACAUGAUCGGAUUCGUCGCCGCGACGUACAUGCGCGGGGUUCGCUUCGUACAAGUCCCGACGACGCUGUUAUCCAUGGUGGACUCCUCGAUUGGCGGCAAGACUGCCAUUGACACCCCAGCUGGGAAAAAUCUGGUCGGAGCUUUCUGGCAGCCGGAGCGCAUAUACGUGGAUCUGCAGUUCCUAGAGACGCUGCCGAAGAGGGAGGUCGUCAAUGGCAUGGCAGAGGUCGUCAAGACGGCGGCGAUCUGGGACGAAGAGGAGUUCGCGUCGCUGGAGGACAAUGCUGAGGUUAUUAUGAGGACGCUGGAUGCUAAGCCUGUGAAAGGACAGAGGCGCAUGGCGGGCAUAGCUUCGAUUUUGAAGCAGAUUGUCCUCGGUUCGAUCAAGGUCAAGGCGCAUGUGGUGUCCGAGGACGAAAGAGAAGGUGGGCUGCGCAACUUGCUGAACUUUGGACACUCCAUAGGGCACGCAAUGGAGGCUAUACUCACUCCUCAGAUUCUCCAUGGAGAAUGCGUUGCGAUAGGCAUGGUCAAGGAGGCCGAGCUGGCCAGGUACCUUGGCGUGCUAGACGCCGGAGCAGUCGCCCGACUGACACAGUGUAUCGCGAGCUAUGGGCUACCUGUGUCUCUUGUAGACAAACAUGUACGGAAGCGUUCAGCUAACAAGCACUGCCCGGUUGACGGGUUGAUCUCAAUCAUGGCAGUCGACAAGAAGAACGACGGCGCAAAGAAGAAGAUUGUGCUUCUGUCAGCCAUUGGCAGAACUCACGAGCAGAAAGCGAGCAUCGUGGCAGAUCAGGACAUUCGAGUGAUAUUAUCGCCCAGCAUCCUCGUCCACCCGGAGGUUGCGCCCGGUUCUAAAGUAUCCUGCACACCACCAGGCUCCAAGAGUAUAUCCAACCGGGUCCUUGUACUGGCUGCCCUCGGCACAGGAACAUGCAGGAUAACGAACCUGCUGCAUUCGGAUGACACCCAGGUCAUGCUUUCGGCCAUUGGCAAGCUAGGCGGUGCAACUUUCUCCUGGGAGGAUGACGGACGUGUGCUUGCGGUUACUGGCAACGGAGGUCAGUUGAGGGCGAGCCCGAAAGAGCUGUACCUGGGCAAUGCCGGUACUGCUUCUCGAUUCCUCACAACUGUGGCGACACUGGCAAAACAAGCUCAAGUCGCAUCGACCGUCUUGACCGGCAACGCACGGAUGAAGGAGCGACCGAUCGGGCCUCUUGUGGAUUCAUUGCAGGCCAAUGGCGUGGAUAUCGAAUAUCUAGAAAAGAAGGGCAGCUUACCUUUAUCCAUUACAGCAGCAGGUGGCUUUGCCGGUGGCGAGAUCAAGCUUGCAGCUACGGUCUCAUCGCAAUACGUUUCUUCAAUCCUGAUGUGCGCGCCGUACGCUAAGAAGCCUGUGACAUUGCGGCUGGUCGGCGGGAAGCCAAUAUCGCAACCUUAUAUUGAUAUGACCAUUGCCAUGAUGGCUUCAUUCGGCGUUCAGGUGGAAGAGUCCCAAAGCAAGGAGAACACAUAUCACAUACCCUGUCAGAAGUAUACGAAUCCUUCCUCUUACGAAGUCGAGAGCGACGCGAGCUCAGCAACUUACCCACUGGCCAUCGCAGCAGUAACCGGCACAACUUGCACUGUACCUAACAUUGGAUCGGAGUCCCUACAAGGAGACGCUCGCUUCGCAGUCGAUGUGCUCAAGCCGAUGGGCUGCUCUGUCGAGCAAACGGCGACCUCGACAACAGUGACCGGGCCACCUGUCGGCAUGCUUAGGCCACUACCUGAAGUGGACAUGGAGCCUAUGACCGAUGCUUUCUUAACUGCAUCUGUAGUUGCAGCUGUUGCUACCCCUAGCAAAGGCAAUGCAACCACGCGGAUCACUGGCAUCGCCAAUCAGCGAGUAAAAGAGUGCGACCGCAUAGCCGCAAUGAAAGAUCAGCUCGCGAAGUUUGGAGUUACUUGUCGGGAGCUCGACGAUGGUAUAGAAAUCGAUGGUCGAGGCUACGACCUAGAAGAAGCCAAGGGCGGCGUCCACUGUUACGAUGACCACCGUGUCGCCAUGAGCUUCAGCGUGCUUGCGCUAGUGGCGCCGUAUCCGACGCUGAUCCUCGAGAAAGACUGUACAGCGAAGACAUGGCCAGGCUGGUGGGAUGCAAUGUCACAGGUCUUCAAGGCCCGGCUGGAAGGAGUGGAACCGCCGCCAUCGCAUCAUGAAGUUACAAAUGGUACGACUACUACGGUAGCGAAGUCUAUCUUCAUCAUCGGAAUGAGAGGUGCUGGCAAGACCACCACUGGCGGCUGGGCAGCUCACAUCCUCGGCUGGCCGUUGAUCGACCUGGACACUGCACUCGAAGAGCAUGUCGGCAUGACGAUACCCGAACUCAUCAAGCACCGAGGCUGGGAAGGUUUCCGUGAUGAGGAACUCGCUCUACUCGAACGAACUAUGCGGGAAAAGCCCACGGGCCACAUUCUCGCCUGUGGCGGUGGCGUGGUUGAGAUGUCCGGCGCACGCAAGCUUCUUGGGGACUACAAGGCGCGAGGCGGCACGGUACUGCUGGUUACCCGGGACAUAGCGAGAGUGAUGGAGUUCCUGAACAUCGACAAGACAAGACCUGCGUACGUGGAGGACAUGCUCGGCGUCUGGCUACGUCGUAAACCUUGGUAUCAACAAUGCAGCAACUUCCAGUUCCACAGUCAAACCGUAGACGCCGAGGGUCUCCUCAACACGCUGGAAGAUUUCUCUCGCUUCUUGGCAUUGAUCUCUGGGAAGGGUGCAGCGCUGGAGACUAUUCAGCAGAAGAAGCAGUCUUUCUUCGUGUGUCUUGCGGUGCCUUCUGUACAGCCGCUAAUGAACGACUUACUGGAGAUAGUUGUUGGAUCGGACGCAGUGGAGUUGCGAGUGGACAUGUUGGAGGACCCGACAGCCACUGACGGCAUAGCAACGGCAGAGUACCUCAUCGAUCAGGUCGCACUUCUACGGUCCCACGUCAAUCUUCCUCUCAUCUUUACCCUGCGCACUAAAAGCCAAGGCGGCAACUUCCCCGAUGAAGCUUACGAUGAAGCACGACAGCUUUACAGGGAAGCUCUCCGGCUUGGUUUCGACUUCAUCGACCUCGAGAUGACAUGGCCGGAUGAGUUACUCACGGAGGUCGCCGACAACAAGGGCUUUUCGAAGAUCAUUGCCUCUCACCACGACCCCAAGGGCGAGCUGGCCUGGGAUAAUGGGUCCUGGGUACCCUACUACAACAAGGCACUGCAACACGGCGAUGUCAUCAAGCUCGUCGGCCUUGCGCGCAGCCUCCAAGACAACUUCCCCCUCCGAGAUUUUAAGGCUUGGGCUGAAAGCGCACACCCCAAACCCGUCAUUGCCAUCAACAUGGGCAUCCACGGCAAGCUCAGCCGCAUAAUCAAUAACUUCAUGACACCCGUCACGCACCCCAAGCUCCCCAACUCCGCCGCUCCCGGCCAGCUCUCGGCCGCAGACAUUCGCCGCGGCCUCUCGCUGAUCGGCGAGAUCCCGCCCAAGAAAUUCAUGAUCUUUGGAUACCCCGUCGGCCUCUCCCGCUCGCCACCCAUGCACAACACCCUCUUCCGUGUCACCGGCCUGCCGCAUCACUACAGCCUCCACGAAACCUCCAACGCCGCGUCCGUCAAGGACAUAAUCCGCGCUCCCGACUUCGGCGGCGCGUCCGUCACCAUGCCGCUGAAGCAGGAAAUCCGGCCUUACCUCGACACCGUCGGGCCGGAAGUCGAAAUCAUCGGCGCGCUCAACACUAUCGUACCAACGGAAAUCAAAGACGAGAAGGGCAACAUCAAGACCCGCCUCGUGGGCCGCAACACGGACUGGCAAGGCAUGGUACUCGUGCUGCGCAACUCCGGCGCGCAGGGCAGCACAGGCACGUCGAGUGGGCUCGUUAUCGGCGGAGGCGGGACAGCGCGUGCGGCCAUCUACGCACUGCAUUCAAUGGGGUAUUCGCCUGUUUAUCUGAUUGGGCGCUCCCCGGCCAAGCUGGCGAAGCUGAUCGAGUCGUUUCCCGAGGACUACAACCUGCGCGUGCUGCCGGAUGUCGAGGCCGUGGGGAAACUGGAGAGGAUCCCCGCAGUCGCUAUCGGCACGAUUCCGGCGGAUCAGCCGAUCGAGUCGAAUAUGCGGGAGGCGCUCUGUUUGUUGUUCGAGAGGGGUGGGGAGGAGCAGCAGCGGAGUAGUGGUGGGAGUGGUAAGGGUGGUCAGGCGGGAAUCGGGGAGGGGAGGAAGAUAUUAUUGGAGAUGACGUAUAAGCCCCCGGUUACGCCGUUGAUGCAGCUCGCGACGGAUAGUGGCUGGAAGACGGUCAAUGGGCUUGAGGUGCUGGUUGGGCAGGGGGUUUAUCAGUUUCAACAUUGGACGGGGAUUACGCCGUUGUAUUCGGUUGCUAGAGUGAGUGCACCUUUCUCAGAGUGA